AUGUCUCUUGAAUUUAAUUCACAAAAUUCCGUAAAUCGAAAUGAUCAAUGCCCGUCUGUCUAUUCCAUUAAUUGUAAAGAAACUCGAAUCGAAAUUUAUGAAUGCAAGGAUGAAUUUGAAU